AAAUGUUUGGCAUAAAGUAAGAGUAUACGGGGCGAUAUCCAUGCCAAACGAAAAAAAAAUAUGCUGAUUGCGUGGAAUUAAUUUUCCCCGUAAAAAUUGGAAAUUCAGCUGAUCGCAUUGCCAUUGAAUCGAUCGCCGUUUUGACUAUACCCGAAAGACCUUCACAUUUUUGUUGACCAAAUGAUUGGAGUUUGACUCAGUGGACCUCGCAAAGCUGUCUUCGAUCAACAUGCUAAUGUUACGACCAAUGGGCCCUGCAAUGAGCAAUUACCCUGGCCUGUUCUACAGUUUGUUACCAUGGCAUAUUUUGCGUGUUCCAUUGCCCUAAUACGAUUACACCCGCUAGAAAUGUACACAAUCCCAGAUGUUUAGAAGUAUCUGUAUACUACUACACACAAUAUUAGGCUUGUCGUGAAUUCUGGAUAACAAGGCAUCGAGCAACCCUCAACAUUUCUGCAAACUGCAGACGUACAAGACAACGAUCUCGUUGGCAGUAUUCACAUGCUUAAAUAUGUGCUUAUCUGCCGUUUUACUGGUCUUCGUCGUCGUGAUAACUAUAAUAUGCAUUCGAUAUUACCAAAACAAGCACGAAUUUAAACCUUGUCUAUAUUACAAGAAGUCGCGAAUAAGUGUGGUCAUUAAGAAAGGAUGCAAACGGUUGAAUGAAGACUAUAAGCCGACAUUCUGGGCCAGAAAUGGUCACCUUCAGACUUUACUCCCCUGGGUUUGGCCUUGUUGGCAGGAGGAACUUGAGUUUAGGCGUGAAUAUUUACAAAUGGCUGACAAAGGAGUCAUCGCGUUGGACUGGAUGGAAGUAGAUGAGACAGCAAUGAAAAAAGUGAGUCCGGUGAUGCUUCUUAUUCCUGACCUGACCGGUGCGGCCGCCAAUAUGGCUGCGGUCUGCACCGAGGUUCUGGCGCGAAACUUUCGCCCGGUGGUCUUCAACAGACGGGGUCACUGUAGUACCGCAUUAUCGACAUAUCGCUUGCAAAGCUUUGGGGACGCACGUGAUUUGGAAGAAGCUAUUCAAUUUAUACAUCAUAUGUAUCCUUAUUCGGAAAUCUUUGCAAUUGGUUUUUCUACAGGUUCAGGACUGCUUAUGUCAUACCUCGGAGAGGUGGGCAAUGCAUCGCAAUUGAAUGCUGCAGUUUGUAUUUCACCUUGUUACGAUGUCGAAGGGCUGUUUAAAUCUAACAAUGUUCCCGAGCCGUAUAACUGGCUUUGGACGUUCAAACUCAAAUGUGUUCUUCGCCAACAUCCUUGCUUAGGAAAUGUGAUAAACUAUAACCUUGCACUUCAGAGUUCAAGCAUAAAAGAACUGGAUGAGCGGGUGUAUGUCAAAUUAAACCAGUACAAUUCCUUGGCCGAGUAUUGGAAAUAUAACGACCCUAUGCGUAGUAUCACCAACAUUCACAUACCAGUACUCUGCAUUAGUGCUCUCGAUGAUCCAAUUUGUACAAAAGAUACAAUUCCGUUUAGCCUUUUCAAGACUUCUUCUAAUUUAUUUCUGGUGACUACUGAGAAAGGAGGCCAUUGUGGAUUCCUAGAGAAUGGUCUACCUACUUCAUGGGCAAAUAAACUCGCUUGUGAUUAUCUCGAGACGGUGUAUCAUCAAGGGAUACCGAAACAGCCGGAAGAGAAUCAUAUUCAUUUCUUUCCAGAAUUCAAUGGUACAAGAAACAGAAGUUAUACAACGUAAGAGGCAAAAACGAAAUUUGCACUGUUAUUUGACUUGUCUAUAUAGCAAAGAGUUUUUCAGAAAUUCUAGGACAUUUUUGUUACAUACCAAGGUGCAAUUAAUUUAAGUGCGUCGCGUCUAAAUAAACAAAA